UAUUAUAAAUAAAAAAAAAAUAUAUAAAAUUGUAAACCAAAUUAAAAAAUAUAGAAAAAAAUGCCUGUGAAAAAGGUUUCCGUCAAGGAAUAUGAUUCGCAGGAUGAGGCCAGCACCGAGUUGCUAGAGAAGCUCAAGCAUCUGGAUCGUCGGGUGGAGAUCGUCGAGGAUGGCGCUGCCGGAGGAGCCGGGGGGCGUGGCCGCGGUGGCAAAACCUCACCCGCCUGGUGGCAGUCCGUGAAAUGGAAGUCGGCCCUCAAUCACAUCGGAUUGCUCGUUUCGCUGUCCAUUUAUUGCGGCGUGGGCGGCCUGAUAUUUCGUCAUUUAGAACGUCCUGCGGAAGUGGAGCGUCUGGACCAUUUAAAGGAUGUGGUGAAGACCCAAAGGGAGCGUUUUAUGAGCACAAUUUUAAACAACACCGAGGUGCAUAAUCUUAAUGAACUCUUAGCCUUUGAAUUGGCUAAGUAUGAAGCGGCCGUUCAAGAGGCUGCGGAGGGGGGACUAUUAAUAGUGGCCGAUAAAGACUUUCCAGAGCCAUAUGAGCGAUGGAGUAUUCUUCAAGCUGUGUUCUUCUCAUCAACUGUGUUAACCACUAUAGGCUAUGGGAAUAUUGUGCCUGUAACUACCGGUGGUCGGGUUUUUUGCAUUUGCUUCGCCCUCAUCGGAAUACCCUUCACUCUCACAGUGAUCGCCGACUGGGGCAGAUUGUUUGCAACAGCGGUUUCAGUUUUCGGAAAACACAUGCCAACCAAGCCUAAGUUUACCAAUUUUAUUGGAAAGACCUGGUUCUACGCCAUUCUGGCCGUGUGUUUCCUGGGCGUUUACUUGGCCGCCGGAGCGGGCCUUCUUCUGCUUUGGGAAGACGACUGGACCUUCUUCGAUGGCUUUUACUUUUGUUUCAUUACAAUGACGACUAUAGGCUUUGGUGAUUUGGUACCAAAGAAACCCAACUACAUGCUGUUGUGUACCUUGUAUAUUCUGAUUGGCUUAGCCUUGACAUCGACUAUUAUUGAGUUGGUGAGACGACAAUAUGCCACCAGUUGGGCCAAAUUGCAGGAACUAUCUGGACCCAUGGCGGAGACUCUACGACGUUUGGGAGAAACUGCCGGCACAGGUCUGGAUUAUACAGCUCUACAGAAGGUCUUGACGGUAUCCAUGCCCAAGUGGAAUACGAACAAAAAGAACGAACACAGUCCCGAUAUUGCUGCCUUGGAGGCAAUCACAAACGCGAUAUUAAAAGAAGUCAAGGAGGCGCAAAAUAACAAACCAAAGGUCCUGCAAAUUGUCAUCUACGAGUCGUCUGUCUAAAAACCAAAAUAAUAAUACUAAUUUAAAAAAUACAUAAAUCAGCAAAAAAUAGAAAGAGGAAAGGGCUUCCGUAGCAUACUUGUGGGCGUUUGGUGGAAAAAAAAAUGAAAAAAUAUCAUGAAGAAAAAAUAUCAAAUGUAGUUAGGCUUCCGCUUCAUCCAUGGGUACAGUGGACACUGGCUAGAGCGUACCACUGCCAGACUUCCAUAAGUCAGUGUCCGUACUUAUAGCUAUUAUAUAGUCAAAAUGUCUAGGCAAUAAUCAUAUUGCUCAUACGUACUGAGAUCAGCAAACAAAAACAUAAAUCGGAAAACCACAAAAAAAAAUAAUUUAAUAUUCUUAGUCUUAGUUUUAAAUUAAAAUAAUUUUUUUUUUGAGGAACUGUAAAGUUAAGUUACCAGU